GAAUAAUGGGUGUCAGCUUUCUUUCUUUCUUUCAUGUUUGUCAAUUUUAGCACCUGCAAUGCAUGUGCUAGCGCACACCCCACACCAACAAGGCCAGGCGUGGCAAUCACAUCUUACGGAAUAAUUCAACUUAAACACCCCUCCCUUAAUUGUCAAAAACCUGUGGUUUUCAAGCAAACUACUACCCACUCACACACCCCUCUUCUAAUCUAACCUCACCCCUUAUUGUCUAAUCUUUCAUCUUUCUUAUUAUUUCUUUAUAAAAAUCAAAGCUUUGGGUUUCAUAGAUCAGCUUUCUUGAAGUGCAUCUGCUGUUGUUUGAUGCAUUUACAUAUGGGUAUGGUGAGUAAAUUGUAAGCAAAGAUUCAAGAUCAACAGAUUUGAGCAACCCCAUUUGGGGUUCUGUUUAAAGAAUAGUUUGUUUUCUUGCUUAAGGUUCAAUUUUGGUACCAUUUCGGUUGGGGGGUUUUGUCUGUUUUAAGUUUAGGGUGUGUGGAUUUGAACUACAAAAUCAAACUGAUUGUCCACAUUUCUUCUUUACACAAACCCUAAUCUUGGUUUUUGUGAAAAAAGUUCAUGUUUUUCUUUGUGGGUAUUUGAUUUUAGGGGUUUUGGUUUGUGGGUUUUGAUUGUUGUUCAGUUUGACUCUUGAAGUUGAAUUGCUUUAUGUGAAAAAGUUCAUAUUUUUCUUUGUGGGAAUUUGAUUUUAAGGGUUUUUGAUUGUGGGUUUUGAUUUGUAAUUCAGUUUGAGUUUUCUUUAUGUGAAAAAGUUCAUAUUUUUCUUUGUGGGAAUUUGAUUUUAAGGGUUUUGGAUUGUGGGUUUUGAUUUGUAAUUCAGUUUGAGUUUUCUUUAUGUGAAAAAGUUCAUAUUUUUCUUUGUGGGAAUUUGAUUUUAGGGGUUUUGGAUUGUGGGUUUUGAUUGUAGUUCGGUUUUGAAGUUAAAAGUUUUGGGUUUGAAUGAUUAAGAUUGGUGAGAUUGUUGAUGAAGUGUGAGGGUGAGUGUGUGGGGGUAUUAGUGUUUGGUUUUGAAUCUGCUGCCGGAAACAAUGGAUCGCCGGAGUUGGCUGUGGCGGAGGAAGUCGUCGGAGAAAAGCCCUGGCGAAACAGAAAGCUCGGGCGGAUCCAUGUCUUCUCAUUCUGAGAGAUUCUCUGAUGAUCAGCUAUAUUCGAAUCAAAGUUUUCAAUCACCCGAAGUCACAUCAAAGGCUGAACUACAACCAGAAGAACUCGAGGGUAGCGUAAAGACUCUAUCGCAGAAACUAUCCGAGGCUCUUCUGAAUAUUAGCAUUAAAGAAGACUUGGUAAAGCAACACUCGAAAGUAGCAGAAGAAGCGGUCGAAGGAUGGGAGAAAGCAGAAAGCGAAGUGUUAGCUUUGCGGCAGCAAGUCGAGGUUUUAACCCUUCGAAACUCAACCCUCGAAGAUCGCGUAUCUCAUCUCGACGGGGCCCUCAAAGAGUGUUUACGACAGCUUCGGGCAACACGAGAAGAAUACGACGAGAAAAUGGAAGAAGCUAUCGAAAAGAAAAAAUCCGAAUGGCAGACAACAAAAGCCGAUCUUGAAAACCAGCUCUCUGACCUCCGUUCGCAACUUCAAUCCGCCAAAAAAACUGAACCUUCUUUGACCUCCGUUGAAAAGUCAGAGAAAGAAAUCUCCGCUCUAAAGCUCGAGCUUGCUUCAAUGGCUGAAGAGCUAGAGUUACGGUAUAUAGAACGGGAGUUGAGCAACCAGGCUGCCGAACAGGCUAGCAAGCUGCAUUUAGAAAGUGCGAAGAAAGCAACGAAAUUUGAAGCCGAGUGUCGUCGGUUAAACGCAGCCCUUAGAAAAGCACUAGCUACUAACGGUCAAAAAUCGUCGUCGAUUGUUGAAAGUGAUGAUCUGAAGGAAACAAAUGAGUUUGAAAGUAACCGAACGAAACCCGCAAAGGGGAUCAAUCUCAUGGAUGACUUCCUCGAAAUGGAAAGACUCGUGGCAUUACCGAAAAGUGAUCCAAGUGAUUCCUUACAAUCCUUACAAAACCGAUUGUCUGAAGUCGAAGAGGUUUUGAAAAGGGUAGAGAAGGAAAAACAGAACGUGGAGAUCUCGUUGAGUGAGCGUGAAAACGAGCUUAAAACGUCAAGAAACGAGCUCAAAGUUGCUAAGUCAAAGUUAGUCAAGUUAGAAGCUUUGUUGAUCAACGCAAAUGAUGCAAGAGAAACAACCGAGAAAGAACUUGUAUCGGUGAACGGGAUAGUCAACGUGCUACAAGAAAGGGUAAAACGAUCUGAUCUUGAGGUGGCGGAGUUGAAAAGACAACUAGAUAUCAAGCGAAGAGAAGCGGAAUCUCGACUUGAAGAUGCCUACACUAAGAAAAUGGAGGCGGAGUCACGCGUGGCAACACUAGAAGCCGAGUUGGAAUCGUUGACUCCGAAAGCUGACUCCUUAGAAACAGAAGUCGGAAAGGAGCGUGACAGGUGUCGGGAAUUAGAAGGUGAGCUGGAAUCGUUAAAUACGAAAGUUGAUGCCUUGGAAACAGAGGUCGGAAAGGAGCGUGCUUUAUCGGGAAAGAUGGGAGACAGAUGUCGGGAAUUAGAAGGUGAGUUGGAAUCGUUGAAUCUGAAAGUCGAUUCUUUAGAAACCGAGACAAAAAAAGAGCGUGCUGUAUCGGGAAAGAUGGGAGACAGAUGUCGGGAAUUAGAACGUGAAUUGGAAUCCCUGGUUUCGAAAGUUGAUUCUCUAGAAACGGAGGUUGAGAAGGAGCGCGCGUUAUCGAAGAAGAUGGGAGUUAAAUGUCGGGAAUUAGAAGGCGAGAUUUCACGAUUACAACGUGAAAAUCAGUACCCGAAACCCGCCAUCCGAAAUCCAGAGAGCACGAUAAAACAGGAUACUGAACUAGCAUUGGCUGGUAGUAAAUAUGCGGAUUGCCAGAAGACAAUCGCUUCUCUUAGUCGUCAACUAAAAACGCUUGCAACGCUUGAAGACUUCUUGAUUGACACGAACGAGUUCAGCAGACGUAUUUGAGUUGAAGACUGCAGCCUUCUACCAGCAAAACGAUGGCAAGUAAAGACGUUUUGGUUAUCUUUUUUCUAUAUACAAAGUAACUAUAUUAAGAUUUGUAAAUUGGUGUUGUAUUCAGUCACAUUCAUUCGUAUACGAAAGAUAUUUCAAAAGUUGUGUUAUAUUUAGAUGAAAUUUCGUUUCA